UUUUGUCCAUGCAUUACCUUCAGUCAUUACUGCAAAAAAAAAAAAAAAUGUGCAGUUAAACUUUGUGAUGUGAGUCAGUCAAUAUUUCUUAUCACUUAUUGCUGCAAGCCCAAUGCAGUCAUUAACACAUUAACCUGUUUAACAUGUAAGCUAGAUUUAUGUUCCUUUUGGAAUGUAUGGUGAAGUUAUAAUACCACCAUAAAAAUUGUGUAGAAUAAGCACAAUCUAUGUGUUAUUUGUGGUACUGUGGUUACUAUGUAACAGUUUUUGUUCUUGGGUAUUAUUAUUUAUUUUUUGGGUGUUAUUUUCUAAUUGCUUACACAGGAAAAUAGCUGUUUCUGCUUUAUUUUGAGUGCACAGAGUAAAAUGUGUCAGUAGAGUGGGAGCACAACUGCAGAGUAACUGUGACUCCUCCCCUAACUGUCCUCCUUCCAAAGUUCCUUUUAUCCGCCAUUACUGUUAAUCACGCCAUCGACCGCUGCUGCUUUGGGUUUAGAAGAGAACGUGCGCUUCUGCUGGAUGGUAAAUUUCUUUUAUCCGCCAUUACUGUUAAUCACGCCAUCGACCGCUGCUGCUUUGGGUUUAGAAGAGAACGUGCGCUUCUGCUGGAUGGUAAAGUAAGUAAAGUUUCAAAGUCUUAGUAUUCAUUUUCAUAAUAUUCACCUCUGUUUUUAGCUCAGAUCAUUUUGCCACGUUUUUUUUUGUAUAUUAGAGAGCGAUUAGAGAUCGCUUUCUCAUGUUGACGUGAUAACUAAGUUAUCUUGAAAGCAAAUAACGUUAGCUAGCAUAUAGAUUACAAACGUUAAUUGACACAAGUGAAACUAGCUAGCUGCUUAUCAAAUGUUUGUCCACAAAAGUAUUGUGACGAGCGGCUCCAGUUGUGCACCACAUGUACCUGACUCGGUAUAGAGUUAAGUUAACGUUAGCUGUAAUUGGAUUGCUGGAGGCCAUUUUGAUGUGCAUUAUGCCUAUUCGAGGGUAAUUGUUUCUGAUAGGAAUGUAAGGUAUUUUCAUCAUUUAACAUUACUGGGGCUAGUCGGAGAUUUUAUUGCCCUCUAAAUCUAUAAUGUUGGUGUUUCAACAUUCACUGUUUGAAUCCUUUUUGACCACUGCGGAACACAACUGUUGCUUCACUGUAUUUGCAUGCAUUUGUAAUAUGUACACUUUUAUUACUGAAAUGCUGGGAAGUAUUUACAAGAACAAUAUUUCAUCACCGCUCCACCUCAGUGAAAGGAGAAAGAGGGAAAUAAACAGGUAAACAUUAGAAUUGGGCCGUUAAAGCAAUACAAUGUUAAUAUAAUUUAGCCUACAAUUGGACUAUAUACAUAAAAAAAUAUAAACCAAGCAACUUUAUGUUUACCUUAUGUAAAUAAGAGGCUGCAUUCUAACUUAUUUCCACUAAUUUUCAUAUUUUAAAAAUGACAUCCAUCAUUUUGAGUUAAAAAGAAAUUCAUUUCAAUUGCGUGUCUAUCUUCCUAGUUUUUAACAGAUGUAAAUAAUCACUUAAUAAAUAGGAUAUUCAUUUCCUAUUAAAUUAAAUCUUAUUAAAUUAAAAAUGAAUUUAUUUGUAUUAUUCCAAGAAUAGCCUAUUACAUUAUUACACGUGAGCAGUGCGUUCCCUGGUUCGUAGGAUCAUAGAACUCACUCCUCCUCCGUGAAUAAAUCACCAUCUGAAUGCAUGAGAUUCAUCACUGAGUGUUAUUGCUAGGGGUGUAACGAUUCAUUCAUUUUCUCGAUGCAUCGAUUGCAGAUCCUGCCGAUGCAUAUGCAUCGAUCUUGAAACAUGGAUUUUUGAAUCGUGAAUCGAUUGUUUCUCUCAAUAAUCGAUUUAAAAUGAAAUAAUCGAUUGAAUCGCAAUUAUAUAACGAUUCACAAUAUUAAAAAUAAUUUUAAACCAUAAAUUAGUUGAGUCCGCGUAGUCACGUGCGCCCUCACUACAGUGGCGCGGUGGAUUACAUCACUACUCUCCAAUUCAUGCCCGUUUAUUGUCAUUUACACACACGCUGUACUAUGGAGGGCAACGAAGGAGAAAUUGUCAAGGCACCAGCCAAUUUGAAGUCAAAGGUUUGGGAAAACUUUGGUUUUUACAAAAAAAAUGGGAAGAUUGACAAGUCCGUUGCAGUUUGCAGACAUUGUAAAUGUGAGUUAAAGUACUGCGGAAACACAACAAACCUUAGCAACCACCUCCGCAGACGCCAUGCUAUUAAGGUUGAAAAACCUUCCGAAGCUAGUAUCUCAAGUUCAGGUUUGAGAACUCCUAACCUAUUUGAUGAGAGUCUUUCCGCGAACUCUCAUCGUGCUAAAGCCAUAACUGCAUCUAUCGCAAGAUUUAUGUGCAAAGAUAUGCGCCCCUAUAGCAUGGUGGAAAACACUGGUUUCUGAGAAAUGAUAAAAACUUUCGAACCAAGAUACAAAAUACCCAGCCGUCAGUUUUUCAGUGAAAAAUAUAUCCCGGAGUUAUAUCAGUCUACGAAAGAGGAGCUGCAGCUCAAGCUUUCUCCGUCUGCCCAUGUCGCCCUCACCACUGAUUCUUGGACGUCCUGUUCGACAGAAUCUUACGUGACAAUCACCGCACAUCUUAUUUCCGUGAACUGGCAAAUGCAGUGCUUCGUUCUUCAAAUAAGGAUUCUAAACGAAGCCCACACAGGCAAAAACAUUGGAGAAUUGCUGUAUGAUGCCUGCUCUGAGUGGACAAUUGCAAACAAAAGCCCUGCUCUUGUUACAGACAACGCCCGCAAUAUGAUUGCUGCAGGUAAAGCUGCUGGAUUUACCCCCCACAUCACUUGCUUUGCACACACGCUUAACUUGGUGUCUCAAAAGGCCGUGAAAGUGAACAAUGCAGAGCGAUUGUUGGGCAAAGUUAGACAGAUUGUCUCUUAUUUCCACCGAAGUUCCACUGCUACAUGCACUUUAAAAGAGAAACAACAACUUCUCGGCUUACCGUUACACUAAACUUAAACAGGACGUUUGCACUAGGUGGAACAGUUCUGUGGAAAUGCUUAAGCGUUUCUUAGAACAACAAACCGCAAUCUUGGCAACGCUUAUGUCAAAGAAUUUGCGGAGGGGAACGGAAGUCCACACGCUCUCUGAAACGGACAUCAGUAAUGCUGAGGACAUUGUGAAAGUGAUGACACCCAUUAAGAUUGCUUCUACUAUGAUGUGUGAAGAAGAACAACCAACAGUGUCGGUGAUUGCGCCUCUCCAGGCUAAACUACUGAAACAUCUCGAGCCUUGCGAGGACGAUACAGGCAUGACUCGAGAAAUGGAAUCCGUGAUGGCAGCAGACUUUUCGUAUCGGUACACGAACUGCCGCGACGUUCUGCUUAAAGCAUCUGCUUUGGACCCCCGCUUCAAAGGGCUACCCUUCCUAGAAAACGAGGAGAAAAAAUUGAUCUUCAUUAAACUUACUGUUGAGGCCUCAAACAGUAUUCACGUGGAACAGCAGGAGGAUUCAGUUGAAGAGAAACCACCAGACCCAACUGAAGAAGAUGAGAUACAUCCUGCAAAAAAACUGAAAGCCAUGGAUUUGCUCUUCGGCAACAGCUUUCAGCAGAUGCCAGAGACCUGUCCUCUAUCCAGGUCUGCUAGUGAGGUCAGCAGAGAAGAGGUACUCAAAUACAGAUCCAUGGCUCCUCUGCCACUGACUGAAAGUCCACUGGACUGGUGGAAGUCCCAUGAGACAGAACUACCAAUCCUUGCAAAUCUGGCAAGAAGUUAUCUUUGCAUUCCUGCCACCAGUGUGGCCUCAGAAAGAGUUUUCAGCACUGCAGGAGACAUAGUGUCUUCUCAGAGAAGUAGUUUACGGCCAGAUUGUGUCAAUCAGUUAAUAUUUUUGAAAAAAAAUCUGAAGUAGAUAGUGUUGAAAAAAGCAUGUCAUAGCCAUUUGUUUGUUCCCCUCUCUCUUACUACACUAACUACCAUGUUUUAAUUGCACUAUGUCUGGUAUUACUGCCAGUUGCACUGGCACUUUUUUGUAUUUCUGCACUUUGCAUUUUCUAAAUGUUCAACAAAAAGUAUGCAAUGUUUACAAUAAAAAAAAACAUGUAUGGUGCAUUGAAUAUAUAGCAGUAGUAGUAUUUUUCUUGCUUAAAAUACAUUAAGACAAAAUUAAACUACUGAACUAAAGAUCUGGAUCAAGUUGCUGCAAAUGUAUUGAACUGAAUGGUCAUGAAUUUCCCAAAAACUCAACUUAUUUGCUCAAAUGCAGAUGCCUAAAAUAUACAGAAUCGAAUCGUUAUAAUCGAAUCGAAUCAAAUUUCAUUGUGAAUCGAAUCGAAUUGAAUCGUUCUGAAUUUGCCAAAAUCGUUUUUGAAUCGAAUCGAAAACCUGUGAAUCAUGAAUCGAAUUGAUUCGCUGUCUACCCAAAGAUUCACAGCCCUAGUUUUAAUUCUUUCACAGACCGGUACCAGUAUCCAAGGGCACUUGGAUAGCAUUGGAGAGAGCCUCCAGCCGUAUCUACUUGCUGUUGGGCCGAAGAGAAGUAGGGUCCAUUCUUGGUUUAUUGUAAUUGACCAACAUGCUCUACCCUGUAAGGCUUCUAAUUCACUGGCCUGUGUUGAUGAGCUUUUCAAAGCUCACUUUGUCUUUGGCACCUCAUACUGUCAGGAAUUGACCAAUGUGUAUAGCUUUCUGCAAACCACUGUCUAUGAUAUAGAUGUUGAAACCACCAAGGUGAAUCCCAGAGUGGCCGAGCUGAGAGCUAGAAUCCUCCAGUGAGCAGAUGAUUUGUUUCAUUUGUGAAAAGGGGCAUGCUAAUGCCAAUGCCCUUAUAAGGCACUUCAAGUUAGUUCAUGACUUUUGUUGAGGAAAAAGUCUCAAGUUAAAAUGUGCUCAAAGAGGUUGUUCACAUGUUUACCAUAGUUUUUCUGGAUUACGAAAGCAUCUCAGCAAGUGUUGUGCAAUUGACCGUUCACACCUCGAUUCUGGUGAAAGCUCAUCCACCGCCAACUCCAUUUCAUUAGAUAAUGUAAGAGUUUUACCAAACCAAAAUCCACCUUGUGAGUCUGCACUCCUGAAAACAAAUAUAGUAAACAGUUGUGCAACAGUGGUAGCUGAACUUAAAGUUGCUGGUGUCGCAGAGACAACUAUUAACUAUGUUGUUGGUGCUCUAGAAGAAGUGAUUGGAGACAUUCAUAGUGAAACUCAAAAGAAUCAGUGAAAAACAGCCUAACAUUAGAGGAGCCCAUAAAAAGUGUUGUUGAGUCUCAAAUUGAUCAGUGUUUUGAAAAAAUGCAAAAUCCUUUUGUGGCAUUAAACACUGAGAGCAAGAGAAUGCGGUACUUUUCAGACAAAUGGGGAAAAAUAGAUCCUGUUGAAUAUGUUCUCGGAACAAGAUUUGCGACACGGCCUAACAGAACAACUGGAACUUUUGCCCAAACUAUUGUUAAGGAUAAAUUUGUAUAUAUACCAAUUCUUGAGACAUUACAGUCCAUUUAUAAGCACCCUAACAUUACAGAUAUGAUGGCGAGAGAUUCACAACAAAGACCAAAUUGUCUUUAUGACAUACACGAUGGAGAAUUCUUUAAGAAUCAUGCACUCUUCUCAAAACAAAGACAUGCCGUUCAGAUCCAGCUUUUUUUUGAUGAAUUUGAAUGCUGAAACCCCCUUGGAUCAAAACGAGGAAUACAUAAGGUAGGAGCUAUCUAUUUUACCCUUAGAAAUAUUUCCCCUAAAUACAACUCGAGUUUACUAAAUAUACAUUUAGUCACUUUAUUUCAUGCACAAGAUAUCAAAACAUAUGGGUUUGAUAAAAUACUAGAGCAUUUGUUUCCUGAUAAGAACUUGUUGCCAAAGCAUCAUUUAAUGGUGCAUUACCCCAGUUGUAUGCAGAAAAUUGGACCACUGAUACAUUGUUGGUGUAUGCGUUACGAAGCGAAGCAUAACGUUUUUAAAAAGCAGCUGAAAAGCUGAAAACAUUAGCAAAGAAACACCAGUGCCAAAUGGCUUACAUUUGGCAAACAUUUGAUCCAAAUGCCAUGAAAUUUGUUCCUGGGAAAAUGGUCUGAUUGAAUGAAAUGGAGGUUGGCGCUGAGAUGGCUGGGAAACUUAAUGUGCCUAUGUGGACUAAGGUCCUAAAUGUGAAAUGGGUCAAGCGCUGUGGAAACACUUAUCGCUCAGGGUUGGCGGUUUGUGUUCAAGUUCAAAAUGACAUGCCUGUAUUUCAUGUAAUCCAGAAUAUUGUUAUUAAAGAUGAGCACAUCCUUUUAAUAACAACUGCACUGAAAACGUUAUGUUUAGAUGAACAUAUCCACGCUUACAAAGUUGCACAUACCAUAGAAGCACCUCAUGUUUUGGAGAUUAAGGAUAUUUUGCACCACAAGUUGCUGGUGAUUCUGAUUUGUUUAUUGUACCAUAUAGUUUCAUGUAAUUCUUUUUCAUCUCCUCCAUUGUAUUAUCGCUAAUUUUUAUUUUAGUACUGUUUUCAUUUCAUUUUUUUUUCUUUUUUCACAAUCACAACAUGAUGACACAUUCACGAUGACAAGUGAAUUAAGUGUAAGUGUAAUGUUGUUUGAAGAGGAGCUUGAAAAAUAAAAUUGUGAGACAUGA